AUGUCCGUGUUACAUUUGCUGUGUGUGUUAGCGGUAGGAUAUUUCGCGAUCGAACGAUCGCAAGCCAACGUAAUCAUGUACGAUGAAACCGUGGAUAACAGUAUUGAUGGUUCGAGUGACGUGAUAGACCUGUCCCAUCUCGGCCCGGAGCUGUACGGGGAACCGGACGAAGAGGUGGGCAGACUGGUGGCCAAUUUCAAUCCAGAAACCGACAGCAGAAAUGUGGAGGAACUGGGCUCGUAUGUCGAGGGAGAUAUACUGAUCGAUCGUCCCGGUGGACGGAACGGUAUCUCCAAUACGGCUAACCGUUGGCCGAAGGGUAUUGUGCCGUUUGUAAUUUCGGGAAACUUUGACGCCAAGGGUAUGAGUCUCAUCGAGCAGGCCAUCAAUGAGUACCACGCGAAAACCUGCAUCCGGUUUGUGCCACGUAUGGGCGAGCAGAAUUACAUUUCCUUCGAAAGCUCCAACAGUGGCUGCUGGUCUAGUGUGGGCAUGAUCGGUGGCAAACAGGCAGUCAAUCUGCAGAUCCCCGGCUGUACUACACUGGCCGGUACCGUCAUGCACGAGAUGAUGCAUGCGGUCGGAUUUUUACACGAGCAAAACCGUGAAGAUCGCGACAGCUGGGUAAAGAUCAACUACCAAAACAUCAAACCCGGAACGAACAACAACUUCGAGAAAGCUAAGACGGGUUCCACCAACAGCUUCGGUGUGGCGUACGACUAUGGCAGCAUCAUGCAUUACUCGGCAAAUGCGUUCUCCACGAAUGGACAGCCCACAAUCGAGCCAAAGGAACCUUUGAAUGGUGCUAAAAUGGGCCAGCGGGAUGGUUUUUCGUGGAGCGAUAUGGAAAAACUCAACCGGAUGUACAAUUGCCAAGCAAGCGGUGGAAACGCUCAAACGAUUCUUCGACCGCCCACAUUUGGAAUGUUGCCAUCUGUAGUAGGAGCAAUGCCAGGGCCAACCGCGCCAACGGGUCAAGGUGUUGGACCGUACUAUCCACCAUCGGGGCCCGCUCCCAAUUAUCCAUUCUAUCCUCCGAAUGGAGUUCCAAUGUACCCGUACAGACCAUUCCCUGGAACAGGCUAUCCUGGUCCUGGAUUUGGAUACUACCCUUACAUGGAGGAGAACGACUCAACGAAAAAACAAAACUCCCAUUAA